CUCUUGCGAGAAUUUUCAUUCGAGCAAAACAAGACCCACGUUUCCGAGUUGCUGAAUGCAGCGACGGCAGUUUUCCUGGAUGCCGGCCGGAAUCAUCAGGCUGGCCCGAUAGAAACUGCCCAGUUGUUGGUCAUUGUUUCCGACGGCCGAGGGCUUUUCUACGAAGGCUCGGACAAGGUUGAUGCGGCCGUCAGACAAGCCCGGGAUGCAGACAUUUUCGUCGUUUUUGUCGUCGUUGAUAAUCCGGAAAAUAAGGACUCCGUUUUGGACAUCAGACAGCCGCAGUUUGCGAGCGAUGGAUCUCUGCUGGGCAUCAAGUCCUACAUGGAGAACUUUCCGUUUCCGUUCUACGUGAUCUUGAGGGACAUCGACGCCUUGCCGUCGGUGCUCGGGGACGCCUUGAGACAGUGGUUCGAGCUCGUCACGACGCCCAAAUCCACCUGAUGUGUAUAUUCGUCGCGUCGGACGUCGAUGGCUUUCGGUGU